UGACAAAAAAAAAAUUUAUAUUUAAAUACCCGGAAAAGUUAAAUGAUCUGAUAUUUAGAACAUAUCCAAAUAAUUGACAUCAAAAAUGACAUCGACAGAGAAUUUAAGUAACAAUAAAUUAACAACACCACAAACGCCAGUGCUGACUGUAUCCUGUCGAAUGUUAAGAUCACCAUCACAUGAAUCUGUUACUACAGAUUUAUCAUUGUUUUCCGUAUCGUCAAUUGCUUCCGAUGCACUUGCUAGAGGAAUGAGACUGGUAUCAUUUAAAUCUUACAAUAAAAGCCAAUUGGCCGGACGUGGUCCAAGUCCAAAUCCAGAAAGCAGAGGACAAACUACUGUUUCUAGACCAGCCGACAUUCCAGAAAUUUUAUGGUUUGAAGAAGAAAAUGAUUUAAUAAAAAGUUGUGCUGCUUUAAGUUCAGCACUUGGUUUACAAAAAAGUUUUAGUACAAGUGAUAUUAGUCAAUUGUCCUCACCAGAUGAAAAUGGGGAAAACUCAAAUAGAUGUGCUGUUUCUGAAUUGGCUUUAAAUUCAAUGCAAAGAUCUGGGUUUAUAAUUGAUCAUCCGCGAUUAGAUCAUGCCUCAAGGUCAUGUUCAACUUGGGUGGCUGUUGGAGAUAUAGCAUCAACGUCUCAAUUGCCAUCACCACAUGGCGGACAAACAACUACAUCUACAGCCGCACAGCCCAAUACGCCACCACCACCUCAAUUUACAGCAGCGGAUCUGGUUAGAUCUGUCAAUAAAAAGGUUCGACAAAAUUACAUACGCCGUCGUUUAUUAACAACGUACAGAGCAUUAGAACGUCUUUCACAAAGUGAAUUUAAUCUAGAUAGAUUAGAAGUACGUGUUCCAAAUCAAAAUGCACAAAAAUCAACAGAAAAUCCUGCAGAAAACAGUGAUAAAGAUGCUACAACACUUUUAAAUGUCCCGGGAUCGAAUGGAAAUUCAUUACUAAAUUUAACACCAGCACAACAAAAUUAUACAAAUGCAGCCAUGUUACGUGCAGCAAUUAAACAAAGAAAUAAUCGUAAUUUUCCAUUAACAAUACACGAUGUGGAACGUGAACGAGGGAAACCUUUAUCAAAAUAUGAACGAAAUAUGAUGAUAUUUAAUUGGCUGCACACUUUAGACGACUCUGCUUUUGAAGACUGACUUCUUGGAUCAUUUUAUGGAGGUUAUCUAUCAUCAUACUGUCUUUUUGGAUUUUACUUCGUAUUGGAAACAUAAGGCUGUAAAGGUAUCAAAAUAAAAUACUACGGACAAUUUGUGUAGCUUAAGUGCUACCCAAUAAAAAGCAAAAUAAAACGUUAUGCCUUCAUUGAAUAUGGAUUGGUUUGCUUCUAUGGUUUUAUAUUUUUUUAAAUUAAAAUAUCAAUUCAUGAUCAUUAAGAAUUAAAGCAGUCCUGCCGUUAAAACAACCGUCCGAUCUUAUUUUUGUUUUAAUAGAAAGGUUAUAAACAGGGCCAAAAGUAGAGCAGAAAAGGCUCCAGGAGAAAAUCUGGGUCUCAUCCCAUUAUUGAAAAAAAAGUUUAAAUGCUAAGUUGAUACGUGGGCCAAUUAUAUCGUGGGGUCUCAUCCCAUAUAUUGAUCAUUAUUUGCGCAUCUCAUAUUCAAAUUUGUUU